AAAAUCUGUACUUUGUGCAAUUAAAUUUUUUCUACAUAUAAGAAAACUAUGAUCAAAAAAUAGCUAAUUAAUUUUUGAAAAAUAAAAGUUGGCUUUACUGUUCUAUAUGUAUUAUCAGAGGGAGAGGAUUUUACAGAAAUAUCGUUUAAUUAAGCACAAAUGAAUGAAUGACAUUGAUAUAAGAGCAAAAUUUAAAAAUGAACAAGGAUAUUGUCACCUAUGAUCGUGGUUAUACCACCAAUCGAUCUUUCGUCAAGCUUACUCGUUAUGAAGCAAUAGGGUUUGUAUAUAUUUUUCCCGUAAUUUUGAUUCUCGGACUUAUAAAAAAUUAUAUUUUAUGUCACGCCUUCAAAAGAGUCCGGAUAAGAUCUAACUUAGGACGUUUGUUAAAAAUCUUAUUAAUAUCGGAUAUCAUUCUAUGGAUCCUCCUCCUUUUUUAUCCACUUAUAAGCAGUAUCGGUUCUUAUUCUAACGUUUAUUAUUCUGCCUCUCAACCUUGGAACUCCUUUAUUCUCUACUUUCUGCAACCGGCUCUCAAUAUUUUUUUCAUACUUAACAUACAUUUGGUGACCCUUAUGGCGGCUAAUCAAUAUCUGAUGUAUGCAUUUCCAAGGAUGCACAUGGUAUGGAGACGUAAAAAGUAUAUACUGAAGUACGUGCUCAUAAUUGAUUUCUUCAUCAUAGCCUCCUUGGAGUACACUAUGCUAAAGUGGCUGGAAGUUACUCGAUAUCAACAAACCAGCCAUAACUUUUAUGACAAAAAACCCCGUGACAUAUAUUAUACAGACGUGGUAGCCAAUCCCUCUGAUAAUUACAUAUCUUACAAGGUUUCUAACAACCUUAUCCUCGUCAUAGCUCCGCUCAUAUUUCUCAUCUUUUUGAGUUUUUCCAAUCUACGGUUUUAUCUGCAGAACAAAUGGCUCGAGACUGUGACAAACGGUAAAAAGGUGUCUCCUAAAUUGGGGACACAUCAUCACACCGACAACCAACCACACAUUAACCUACGUAAUAAUGCUGAUAAUGAACAUGACAUUCAAACGACAGCUACUACUUCUUCAUGCGUUGAUAAUUCAGGAGCCAUCAGAGAUAAGACACCUGAAAAGUUGGAUAGAUCAUCGCCUGUUAGGGUAGGGGAAAGUGACGAGAACAUACAGAUGAGUCGUCAGGACGUUAAAGCCAUUAAUGCUUCUAAACACGAAGAAAAACUUUUGAGCAUAUUAAUCAUAAUACUGUCGUUCCAGUAUUUGGUAUGCAACAUUCCCAUAGCUGUCAUACAAAUACUUUAUCCUGUGUAUGAAUGCUACCCUGGUCUAUGCAGAUUCAGGUUCUAUGUACUCAUAGCCAGCAUGUUACAAUACUUGAAUCCCAACAUCGAUUUCUACAUAUUUUAUGGAUUGAAGAGUCUAAGACGAGCUGUGGGAAACUUAUGGACGUCUACGAAAAGAAAAAAGCAAAGGAAAGCUGGUGAUGAUAAGGAAAAUCACUUUGAUUCAUCGUCAACACUUGAUGAGGCAGAUGGUGUUAAAACUUCGAAAAAUUUAAAAAAUCGAGAUGUCAGAGUGCCUGCACUGAAAGAGACUGAUACCGACAAUGCCUCUGAUUGAUCGAUGAAAGGUUUGAUUAUACCACCUUUUAGUAAACAUUAUGUUUUUAAAUGUACAUAUGAUUUUUUGAAAUGUUUAUAUAAAUAUUUUUAUUUGAAGAGUAAAUCGCAUAUUUUUAAUCUUAUCAUUUCAUAUCUUAUAUUAUGUUUCUUUGAAAAUUUUAAUUUCGAAUAAUCAAAAAUAUUAAUUGAUAUUAAUAUAAUUUUAGUAUGUAUUAAUAUCUUAAUUGCCUAUCCUAAACACUUUCAAUUUUUUUAUAUUAUAAACAAGCAUGUCGUAUUUAUUCGCAUGUUUAAUAUCAUAUUUGAUUAAAUAAGUUUAGUUGUCAUGUUAAAUUAUAGUGGUUAAGUCCAAACAAUUUUGUAAAUAUUA